GCAGUGCACGGCGCGCAUGCGCGGCUGGGGUCGAUGGCGGGGCCAGCCGGCCUGGCGGAAGCUAGCGUCCCAACAUGGCGGCUGAGGCGGACGGGCUGUUCCAACGGGUGCUGGUGCCGCUUCUUCUCCCUGAGAAAUGCUACGACCAACUUUUCGUCCAGUGGGACUUGCUUCAUGUUCCCUGCCUCAAGAUUCUCCUCAGCAAAGGCCUUGGGCUGGGCAUCGUGGCUGGGUCACUUCUAGUAAAGCUGCCCCAGAUAUUUAAAAUCCUGGGAGCCAAGAGUGCAGAGGGACUGAGUCUCCAGUCAGUGAUGCUGGAGCUAGUGGCGUUGACGGGAACUGUGGUCUACAGCAUCACGAACAACUUCCCCUUCAGGCCUGCCUUUCUCCCUCCCAACUCUUGACUCUGCAGCUCUUGGGGUGAAGCACUGUUCCUGACCCUCCAGACGGUUACCAUCUGCUUCCUGGUCAUGCACUACAGAGGAGAGACAGUGAAAGGAGUCGCUUUCCUCGCCUGCUACGCGAUGGUCCUGCUGGCGCUGCUCUCCCCACUCACACCCCUGGCUCUAGUCACGCUGCUCCAGGCCUCCAAUGUACCUGCCGUGGUGGUGGGGAAGUUGCUGCAGGCCGCCACCAACUACCACAACGGGCACACAGGCCAGCUCUCGGCCAUCACAGUGUUUAUGCUGUUUGGGGGCUCCUUGGCUCGAAUCUUCACCUCGGUUCAGGAAACUGGAGACCCCCUCAUGGCUGGAGUCUUUGUGGUCUCUUCCCUCUGCAAUGGCCUCAUUGCUGCCCAGGUCCUCCUCUACUGGAACGCAAAGCCCCCCCACAGACAGAAAAAAGAGCAAUAGUGCUGACCAGCACCCAGAAUCAUUCCGUUCCCACCAUCCUCCAUUCCUCUAACUGCAUCUCCUGA